UAAAGUACAAAAAAAAACAAAAAUCUUUUUUUCUUGUUAAUGAGAAUUGAUAACCUUAUAUUGAAUAAUACGUACAUUUUGAACUAAAACAACAAAAAUGCCGGCUAAUCUUUUAUGCGAUUUUGCCGAUAUAAUAUCAUCAACAUCGACAAUGAUUGGAAAUAAUAAUAAUGUGAAUGGUGGUUUCUUUGAAACAACAAUCGGCCACAAUAAUAAUAAUGAUCUUCAACAACAACAACAACAACGUCGAACAUUUUCCAUUAAUGAUGAUUGUACAACAAAUGAUUUUUCAAAUGAAUUUAAUCAAUGGUUACAAAUGUCUGAUCAACAACAACAACAACAAUCGAAUAAUAUGAAUCAAUUACGAUCAUCAACAGUUAAUUCAUUAUUAAAUGCAUUAAAUAAUAUUAAUGGUAAUAAUAAUAAUAAUCAUCAUCAAAAUAAUGAUCAUCAAAUGAUGCUUAAAGCGGCUAUUGCAAAUGCAACCCCUGUAUCAACAACAACAUCAGCAACAGCAAUGACAAUGAAACGUAGCCAGAAUACAACCGAAUGUGUUCCAGUACCAUCAUCAGAACAUGUGGCUGAAAUUGUUGGUCGUCAAGGUUGUAAAAUAAAAGCAUUGCGUGCAAAAACAAAUACUUAUAUAAAAACACCGGUACGUAAUGAAGAACCAGUGUUUGUUGUUACUGGACGUAAAGAAGAUGUUAAUGCUGCAAAACGUGAAAUAUUAUCAGCUGCUGAACAUUUUAGCCAGAUACGUGCACAACGUAAAAAUAAUCCGGGUAAUAUGGGACCAGCACCAAAUGCACAUCUACCUGGUCAUAUUACUAUACAGGUACGUGUACCAUAUCGUGUUGUUGGUCUGGUUGUCGGACCAAAAGGGGCAACAAUCAAACGUAUACAACAGCAAACAAAUACUUAUAUAAUAACACCAUCAAGAGAAAAAGAUCCGGUAUUUGAGGUAACCGGAUUAUCCGAUGAUGUUGAUACUGCACGUAAAGAAAUUGAAGCUCAUAUUGCUUUUCGAACUGGUGGUAUAAUCGAUUCACAAGCCGGAUCCAUCGGUACACCCGAUGAAAGUACAACAACUGGAACAGGCUCAGAUUUUUCCAAUUCACCAUUACUUUCUUCAUUCGAUAAUCUAUUCAUUUCUUGCUUAACGAAUAAUAAAUGUAAUGAUUUCUUCCUGUCAUCAUCAUCUGCUGCUGCUGCAUCAACAACAACAACAACGUCUACGACAAAAUCAUCAUUUUUGAAUCAUUCACCAUCAAUGACCACCAAAUUGAUGGGUAAUAAUAAUUCAUUAAUACAUCAACAACAACAGCAACCAUCAUUGAAAAGUCAAACAUUUAAAGAACUUUGUUCAAUAUUUCAUAUGAAUGAUCCUCAUCAUCAUUCAUCAUUAUCAGCAUCACCACCGAAUUCAUUAACAUCUGGCCAGACAAGUAAUGGAUCUUAUGAUAUUGAUGAAGGUUUAGGGGAUUCACCAACAUCAUUUGAUCAUUUAUUAUCUAUUCAUAAUAAUAAUAAGAAUAAUGUUUAUAAUUCAUUAUCAUCAAUGUGGCCAUCAUCAUCAAAUGAAUCAUCAACAACAUCAUCAACAAGAACGGGUUCAUUUCAAUUAAUUGAUGAUUAUAAUAAUGAUAAUUCAUUUUUGAUCAGCAAUAAUAAUAAUAAUAACAUUGAAACAUCAUUAAUGAUGAUUACAAAUAAUAAUAAUAAUAUGGAUCAACGUCGAUCAAGUUUAGAAUCAAAUAUUCCAAAUAAUCAUAAUCAUUUAUCAUUAGCAUCCGUAUCAGCAUCACCAUCAUCAUUAUCCGGUAUUGGUUCAUCUUCAAUCAUAUAAUCAAUAUAUAUAUAGAUGUAUGUGUUUGUGUUUAUGUCAAACGUUUUUUUUUCUUGUUUCAAUUUAAAAGAUUCAAAUUCACUGAAAACUGCCAAUACUUCUUUCUUUCUUUUUUGUUCUUUGGAAACCACAUAUA